UCUCCUGCUUUAUAGUAGAAAAGAAUUGCUUAUUUAUAGUGUCAUCUGUGUAUUCAAAUUUUGGCUUAGUUUUCACUCAUCUAUAUGCGUCGUGCCACCAACUUCUUAACUUCACUUGGAAUUCAUCGUCAAUGUGUGCCAACAAAGCUGAAUAUUGUUCUUUCCAUCAGAUGGGUUGGUGGGUUGGUUUUAGAUUUCUCAGGAAGAGAGAGUUGUGGGGUGUGUUGUAAUCAGGGCUCUGAAAAGGGGUUUUUGAGUGUUUCGUUAAUUAUCGAUCAGAACAUGUUAAUUUCGUGAGAGUUGGAGGUGGUGGCUUUGGUUUGAAGCCUUGUCGAGAGACUGUGGUUUAAUGGGGAAGCAGGGGUCUCCAAGAAGUCCUCGUCCUAAAUCUGUUGGUGCUGAUUUAUCAUUGGGGAUGAAAGAAUAUCAGGGUAGAUGCCCGGAAACUCUACCGGGAAGUGAUCCUUCUCUUGGGAGGAGAAUAUCAGGGGGAGAUUACAACUGGAACAGAAAUUUGCUGCUUCAUGGGUUGAAAAAUGAGCCAGCAAAAUUUGGGGCUUGUAAGGGAGUUUAUGUAGGGAAAAAGCAUACAUGGUUUCGUAAGCAUGUGAGGUCGGUUGUUUUUAUGUUUGGGCUGAUGGGUUUCCUUUUCCUGCUUGAUUCCCUUAUGGUCUCUAUUUUUGAUUCAAUGAAUCUUCAGGGCAGUUCCGCCCCAAUCAAAUCAAGUGGCCUAAAGGAGGAUAAGAGUUAUCCCAAUGAAGAAAAAUCACCUGUACUGAUGUAUGAUCGGCUUCUAAAUUUGGCUUCUAGUGCCCUUGCAGAGAAAGAAUUCAAGCAAGAUUCAUUGAAUUUCUGGGAAGAGCCAUAUCGGCAUGCAUCUGUAUGGAAACCCUGUGCAGAUAGAAAAAGUUCAAAAAUUAUAGGGAAGUCUGAAAAAAGUAAUGGCUUUAUGUUGGUCAGUGCAAAUGGUGGUCUCAAUCAACAGAGGGUUGCUAUUUGCAAUGCUGUUGCUGUGGCUUCUCUUCUUAAUGCUACUCUAGUUCUCCCCAAAUUUCUUUACAGCAAUGUGUGGAAGGAUCCUAGCCAGUUUGGUGAUAUUUAUCAAGAGGAUUAUUUCAUUAAUAUCAUGAAGGAUGAACUAGAAAUUGUAAAGGAGCUCCCUCCUCAUUUGGAGUCACUAGACAUGGAAGCAAUUGGCAGUCUAAUUACAGAUGCUGAUAUUCCGAAGGAGGCAAAACCCAUAGAAUAUGUCCAAAAAGUACUUCCUCUCUUAUUAAGGAAUGGUGUUGUCCACUUUCUUGGAUUUGGAAAUCGACUCGGCUUUGAUCCAUUGCCUUUUAAGCUUCAGAGGUUAAGAUGCAAAUGUAACUUUCAUGCUCUGAAGUUUGUGCCAAAAAUUCAACGAGUUGGUUCGUUAUUGGUUCAAAGGAUAAGAAAAUAUGAUGCUGCAAAGAGUAGGUUAGAUAAACAACUGCUUGGAAACUUCAUGUCCAACAUUCCCUUGAAAGAGAACCAUGCUGAAGGGGGCCCAUCCAAAUAUCUUGCUUUGCACUUGAGAUUUGAAGUGGAUAUGGUGGCAUACUCCCUAUGUGAAUUUGGAGGUGGAGAAAAUGAGCAAAAGGAACUUCAGGCCUACAGAGAAACUCAUUUUCCCCUGCUUAUUGAGCGCUUGAAGAAUGUGAAACCUGUUUCCCCUACACAACGGAGAAAGUUGGGGAAAUGUCCAUUGACACCAGAAGAAGCAGCACUAGUUCUUUCUGGUCUUGGUUUUAAGCGGGGAACUUACAUCUACCUGGCUGGGUCUCAUAUAUAUGGGGGACAGUCUAGAAUGCAUCCAUUCACUAACCUUUAUCCCAAUUUGGUCACGAAGGAGGAUCUCCUCUCACCCGGUGAACUCGAACCUUUUAGGAAUUUCUCUUCCCAGACAUGAACUUCCUGGUAUCAUGGAAUGGGAAUGAUCGCAAAGAAUACCAUUGUAUCAUGAUAGUUCAAAGCCAAAGGACAAUGCUUAAACUGUUCUUUCUUCAAAACUUAAGGCCAAUUCUCUAGACCCUGCUGCUGGAAUACAGCUCAGAAUCUUGGUUGUCAUUGUUUCAUCAGAUAAGAGUAUUUUCUUAGGUUAUCUCUUUCCCUCAACUCACGGGUACUAAAAGGAGAAUUGUUGUGGAUGCAGCUGGCAGCUCUGGACUUUAUUGCCUGUGCAACUGCUGAUGUGUUUGCCAUGACUGACUCUGGGAGCCAAUUAUCAUCCUUGGUGUCGGGGUUCCGAACGUACUAUGGUGGUGGACGUGCUCCCACCUUGAGGCCUAACAAAAAGAGGCUAGCAGCAAUUUUGAUGGAGAGUAGGACCAUAGAAUGGAAGAGUUUUGAAGAAAGAGUAAAAAAGAUGAUCGAGGAGGGUCAAAGGGUGCGGGUGAGGGGUUUUGGUCGAAGCAUUUAUCGACAGCCAAGGUGCCCCCAAUGCAUGUGCAAGUCCCACUUACAUUGACAACCUUUCCAAGGGUCCUUCAUCCUUUCAAUAUUCUUUCAUUCAUUGAUGAGAGACCAUGCCUGGCAUUAUGGUGGUGUGGAACCUCAAUCUCAACCUCAUUGUUGAUUGAAGGCAAGACCUGUUGGAUUGAUGUAUAUCACGGGAUAAUGGGGCUGUAUUAUUUUUAAUCUUAAAUCUUCCUCUAUGAUUCUUUUAUGAUUGUUUUUGACUCUGGUAAUAUAAUAAUUCAAAUUUCAUUACACAGAA